AUGAUUAUGUUGGUGAAUUCUGGAUCGAUACGGAAACAGGUUUUUCCGAUUGAUUAUGAGAGACAAGUGUCGCAGAGGCUGGUUGAUGCUGUUCAUUACGGAAAAAACGACACUGCGUUGGAGCUAAUGGCGAAUCUCUACGUGGACGUGAACUUCGUGGGAACGGUGUCGUUUAAGUCCAAAAGGACGGAGAUCGUGCUGAACGACGAGUCGGCUCACCGAGUUAAAUCGGUGUACGAGGAGUUCAAGACGGAGGUUACUGCUCUGUUCCUUGCCGCGCAUUCUAACAACUUGACUCUACUCAGGAAGCUUUUGAGUGUCGGAGGAGACAUAAACACGAGAGUAUUUCGCGGGUACGCGACGACGGCGACGGUGAGGGAAGGGCAUCUAAAAGUGUUGGAGGUGCUCAUCAAUGGCGGGGCAUCACAACAUGCAUGUGAGGAGGCUUUGAUGGAAACAAGCUACAUGGGACGUGCCAGGUUUAGUGAACUUCUCAUGCAGACACACAUGAUUCGUCCUCAUGUUGCUGUUCAUGCUCUUGUCUCUGCUUCUUCCAGAGGCUUCGUUGAUGUUGUUGACGUUCUCAUCAAGCAUGGAGUGGAUGUGAACGCAAUUGAUAGGACAUUGCUGCAAUCUUCGAAGCCAUUUCUCCACGCCAAUGUUGAUUGCAAUGCUUUGUUCGCUGCUGUUGUUAGCAGGCAGAUUGAUGUUGUCAGAUUAUUGUUGCAGGUUGGUGUAAAGCUUGAUAUGAAGGUGAAACUAGGGGCAUGGUCAUGGGAAACAGAAACAGGAGAAGAAUUUCGAGUUGGUGUUGGUCUAGCCGAAGCAUACCCUAUAACAUGGUGUGCUGUGGAAUAUUUUGAAUCCACUGGUUCUAUAUUGCAGAUGCUGCUUAGCCAUAUUUCCCCAAACACAUUGCACAUUGGAAGAACCCUUUUGCACCAUGCCAUUAUCUGCAACAAUGAGAAAGCUCUUAACAUACUUGUAAAGAAUGGCGCGAAUGUUGAAGCGCCGGUGCAGACGGAUGUGCACCCAAUUCACAUGGCUGCAAGGCUUGGAUCAUGCAGCAUUCUUCAAUGCUUGAUUAAAGGUGGGUGUGACUUGGAUUCAAGAACAAAAUCUGGUGACACUGCAGUAAUGAUUUGUGUAAGGUACAAGCAUGAGAAGUGCCUUAGAGUGUUAGCAUCAUCAGGUGCUGAUUUGGGUUUGGUGAAUUCAUCUGGUCAUUGUUUAGCUUCCAUAGCGAAUUCUGUUCAAUGGAGUAAUGUGUUCCAGAGAGUAAUCCUUGAUGUGAUUAGAUCAGGAAAGGUUGUUAAAUCAAGCAAUUCUUCGAGAUUUUCUGCUUUGUUGUUUGCGACUCGCGCGAAUGACAUAGAGGGUGUUAAGAAACUUAUUGAGAAUGGCAACAUUGAUAUGAAUGAGCAAAAUGACAAUGGUUUCUCGGCCGCGAUGAUGGCUGCUACUAUGGGUAAUGUUGAGGCUUUUAGGCUUCUUCUUUACGCCGGCGCCGACAUACUUGAGCUUAAAAACAAGUAUGGUUUGACAGCACUUAACCUCAUAGAUGUUAGCCAAAAUGGUGAAGCGUUUCAAAAGGUGAUGCUUGAAUUCGCGGUUAGAAGAGGGAGUGAAAUUGAAGGUUGUAAUGAGGUGAAUCCUUUACACAGGGCAGCAAGAUAUGGAGCCAUAGACAUUGUUCAAAAGCUAUUAAAAGAAGGGAAUUAUGAUGUGAAUUCGUUUGAUUCACAAGGAUACACCCCAUUGAUGAUAGCGGCUAAAGCUUGCCGCGGCGACAUGUGUAAGCUUUUGAUCUCAUUUGGAGCCAAAUGUGAAGUUGAGAAUGAGAGGCAUGAGACAGCACUUUCACUAGCAAGAGAAAAUGGAAAUGGAAAUGAAGCAGAGAGUUUGAUAUUAGAUGAGGCAGCUAGAAGGUUAGUGUUGUGUGGUGGUAGAGUUAAGAAACACACAAAGUGUGGUAAAGGAUCACCGCAUAGCAAACAACUCAGGAUGGUUAAGGUUGCUGGGAUUUUAAGGUGGGGAAAAGCAAGUAAAAGGAAUGUGGUUUGUGAAAAUGCUAAGGUUGGAGCAAGUGAGAGAUUUAGGUGGAAUAGAAGGAAGAAGUUUGAUGUUGAUGAAGCAGGAAUUUUUCAUGUGGUUACUACAAAGAAUAAGGAAGUGCAUUUUGUAUGUGAGGGUGGGGUGCAAAUGGCUGAGUUGUGGGUUAGAGGUAUUAGAUUGGUUACAAGAGAAGCUAUUUUUGGUAAUAGUACUUAA